ACGAUCAAGAUAGACCUAAUAAUGUAUAAUAUAGAUAGGCAUAUAAGAAUAGACCACGCGAGAGGUAGGCUGGCGCGUAAGUGCCUGCGGCAGCGGGAUGGAGAGAGAACACUGUGAGUUAGGUCCAUUAAUCAAUGGUCACAUAAGCGAGAUUUUACUGCAGAUGCUAUAUGGACUUAUAACGCUAUAUGCGCACUACUUGCUGCACAUGAAAUGCGAUUGGAAGGUAUGGCUCAUCCGAGGAAGAAACCUAAAAUGUGGAAGAAAAUAGCUGAGGAGUUAAAAGAUUUGGAAAUUGUAACAUGUAUUACAUAUUUAUUUUUGACACUCACUACUUACCCGUUGUUAUUGAAACAUACUUCAUAUAACAAUGAUGACAAUUGAUCAAAUACAGUGGAAAACGAGUGCACUCAUACUCUUAGAUGAUGUAACCGGCGCUUUAUUAAAUCCAAAAAUUUUAUCAUCGAUAUUCGACAAAACAACAUUAAUUGGCAUUCCACGUAUUCGAACUACUUUGGAACAAGUCGUCUUAUCAUCUAUAAUGAGACUAGAUAAAGAUAGUAUGGAUAAAUUAUUCGAUCUGAUGAUUAUGAUUGUUAAAUAUCAAUUAUCUGCUGCUACUGGACCUAGGGAAGUCAUUCUACUUACUCUUAAUCAUUUGGAUGCGAUACGAGACAUGGUUACUGAUGAGAGUGCCAGAGAAUGCAUUGGUUUGGUUCAUCAAAUGGUUGUUGAUCUAUAUGGAAAUAUGACAAUGGAGGACGUUUGGCAAGCUAGAAAGGAAUGUCUGGAAGAAUUAGAUACUUAUAAAGUCAGAGUCUCUAUUCUUCUGAGACUUGGUUUGCAAAAUAAUGACACUAGUUUUAAUCAUAUUAAACGAAAUUACAAUGAGGAUUAUAAGGAGCUCAGAGAUACUUUGAAGGAUUUAAAAUUAAAUAGAUUUGACGGUGACAGCAGAUUUCUCGGUUCAUUUGAUCUGUUUGGUGAUCGCGUUACGUCAUUGGGGAAAAAUAUAUAUUCUUCGUCGUGCGAGAUGAUGCCAAAAUCGGGGAAACAUAAUUUACAAUUUGCUAAGGAUUGUGGUACCAAAGCUGAACUUGGUAUGCUUGCUGCUCAAUUGGGGACUGAAGAAGCAUUGAAAAGGCCCUUUACAUUAAAUUUAUUUGUCACUGAAAAUACUGAUAACUUAGAUUCAAACAAUGACAAUUAUGAUCCUAAUGCAAAUUUAGAUAUGGAACUGACAACAAAUGAAAAAGUAAAACAAAACAAAGAGUAUAAAGAAAAACUCGAUAACAUUUAUGCUGACUUUUUUGAGGAUGACCAAAAUGAAACUAAAGUCAAUAUGAACCUCCUUGACCUUCUAGAUGAAAUAGAAUAGCUGUCUUUAUGUUAGAAUUUAAUAAGACGUGAUACAACUCCGUCCAGUAUAAAUUAUAUAUUUAUUCUUUGUGCUUGCAAAUCAUACAAACAGUACACAUAUUUAAUAAACGGUUUCCUAAACUAUAAAAUUAACUUUGUUAAUAUUUUCAAAGAGGAAACCGACAUUUUUAUUCUGAACUAAUGUAAUAUUCUGCCGUAGAUAUUUGUAUAAUCAGACACAUUAAAAUUCGAAUAUUAAAUGCUUCGAUUGUGA